CCGCCGAUUUUAGGCUCCUACUAUUAAUGCUGCAGUUAUGAGAUUGACAACAAUUUUGAUGUUGUAAAAACAAGUAUAGCCCAAAAUUAAAAAAACUUAAGUAUGUCAUUAGUGAAAAUCAGUGUUAAAAUAAUUAAUGAAUAACGGUAGUGUUUACUUAUCAAUCUACUUUGCCAUUAGCUAUCAUUUCAAUUCAUAUUAAGACAUUAUGAAUGAGAAGUUAAUUUUCAUUAUUGUAAGAAAUAAUUAAUAAUAACAUAAUCGUAUAGUUAUUUAUAUUGAGCGAAACUAUUAAUUAAUGUUUCAGAUAAUACAGUUGCAAAAUGGCUGCUUUAUUAAAAAAAAGAGCACUAGCUGAAUAUAGUACCCAAGUAUUGGAACAGCAACCCCCAGUUAAAAAAUUGAAAUGCCUCGUAAAACUAUCAACACAACCGACUUGUACAACUUUGUCUCUAGUCAACUCAAUCAUAGGUCGUAAAACUUCAAAUGAAGUAAUACAGAUAUUACUAGAAGUCUUGGAAAUGCCCCAAUUUCAGAAUGCUGAUGUAACUAAUAUUAUAAUUAAACUUAGUGACCAUUUUAAAUUACAAUUAAACUCUACAGUCAGGAUACUAAUUUUUUCUAUUUUUUCUGUCAUUGGUUCAUCUAAUGAGACUAGUGAAGAAAAUGUGUAUAAAAUAAUUGAUAUAAUUAUGAGUUUAAUGGAAGAUAUAAAAUCCCAAAAGACAAAAACUAGUGGUCUGAAAACAUUGUUGGUUCUUGGUAAAAGAAUGAAACAUGAUCUUGCUCUUCAUUUAAAACUUACUAAUUAUGCUAAAAAUAAUUUAAAAGAUUAUAGACCAAAUAUUACAUGUCAAAGUUUAGGAGUAAUAGGAGAACUAAUGCCAGUAGAAAUUCCAGAAGAAUCUUCAAAAAUACAUUCUGAAAUGCUAUUAUUAAUUGAAAGCUAUACUCAGCAUUAUAAUGCAAAAACCCGAAGUAAUGCUUUUAAUACAAUGGUGAGACUUCAUGAUCGUGGUAUUAGGUUAAAUCCAACUGUAUAUUUAGAAGUUUGCUCUAUAAUUAAUGAUGACAAUGAUAUGGUUAGAGAAGCUGCUUUGAAUGUCAUUUCUGUAUUGGGUACAUACUAUCCUGAAGAGAGAAUAAAAGGUAUUAAUGGUGAAGAAAUGGCACGUAUGUGUGAUGAAGCCUUUGAAAACAUAUGUAAUUUCAUGACAGAUAUUAGUUAUAGAAUCCGUACUCAAGCUGCAAGGUUACUUGGAAAGUUUCUAUCAGUUAGCUCAUCAAUUUUACUUAAAACUUUAGAUCAAACCUUAAUGUCUAAUUUACGUAGAAAAAGAACAUCAAUUGAGCGUGUUUGGGAGUGUUUAGCAAAAGGAACUGCUAUGAUAAGUGCAUUAAGUACUAAAGAUACACCCCAAGAAAUGCUAGAUGCUCAACAAGUGAGCUUAGUCAGUACUGGUGCUAGUGGCGCAUUUCUUCAUGGUCUUGAAGAUGAAUACUUAGAGGUUCGUAUAGCUACAAUUAGUUCUAUGUGUUCAUUAGCUACCCAUCAUUCUGAAUUUGCUGUAGUAGCAAUGGAAUUUUUAGUAGAUAUGUUUAAUGAUGAAAUUGAAGAAGUGCGACUAAUUGCUAUUGAAAGUCUUGUGAAAUUAUCAUAUGCUUCUGGUUUACGUGAUGACCAAGUAGAAAUUAUAUUGGCUGUUAUUGAGGAUUCAUCAAGUGUUGUACGCGAGGGAUUACACAAUAUAUUUGCAUCAUUUGAAUUAUUAAAUCAAGAAGGUCUUUUAAUGUGUGUAAACAAAUUGAUUGAUAGUUUAAAAAAAUAUCCUGAGGAUAAAAAGUCUAUAUGGAAUUGUAUGCAAAAUUUAGGAUUAAGACAUUCAAUAUUAACUUUAGCAUUAGUACCAGAAUUAUUAGCAAUUCAUCCCAUGUUUGAAACACCAGAACCAAAUGUAGAAGAACCAUCAUAUGUGAGUAUAUUAAUUAUGGUUUUUAAUGCUGCAUCUAAGUGUAAUGCAAUAGUUUCUUUACUUGAGGAUAAAACUAUAAAACAUUACAGUUAUUUAAGAGAUAUAAUGCCACAUUUGGUUCCUUCAUUACAAUUAGGAGGACGUUCAUCAAUUGGACAAGUUGAUAUUAGGACUACCGAAGUGGACUCAUCUAAAUCCCUUGAACUUAUUGAGUCACUUUUGAAACAAGUAUCUACUGUAAGUGGUAGCACUAAAGUAAAAAUUACAAUGCUGGAAACAUAUUAUCACAAUCUUAUAAGAUUAGCUCAAUUGGAUCAGUCUGUAAAUGGAACAGCAGAACUAAGUGCUUUAUAUAUACAUAGUCAGUUAUUGUUAAAUACUGUUUUAAAUAAUAAUAAUAAAACAUUUUAUUCAAAUGCUGUAUCUACUCAUCAAGCAAACAAUGUACGCACUAAUAUAUCACAGUUAUUACAAAAUACUUUAAAAAUGCAGUAUUUAUUUGUCGGUUUGAGUAUGCAAGAGUUAGCUAGUAUAAAGCAGUUCAAACUGAAAGUAAUAGCAUUGUUACUUGUUUAUAUAGUGAAAGCUACAAAUCAAUCGGCUAGAGCAUUGUGUCAUUAUUUUUUAACACAACUUGAAGAUACAAAUAAGUAUAUAUCAGAAAAUAAUUUGCCUCUUGAAUCAUUCACAUCAAUUGUAUUUAAGGAACUAUCACAGUUAGAAGAAUCUAAACCAGGCAUUGUGGCUAAACUAUUAUUACCAAUUUUACAAAAUUCUGAACUCACGCCACCACCUAAGCCAAACACAAAAAUUAAAAUGUGUAAAGUUAUUAUUAUUAGGCCGUUAGGUGGCCCAGAUACAACUCAUAAAUUAUCUGCUGGACUUAUUUUACCAAUUUCUUUAAAUGCAGAAUUGUAUAGUUUACAAAAUGAUUCUUCAUCUUUAUUACGCUUAAAAAUUAAAUAUCCUGACCAACAAACUCACUUAAUUAUGCCUCGUAAAAAUCAUCUACGCUUAGUAAACCUUAGUAAUGAAUCAUAUUACUUACUUGAUACCAAUGCUCUUAUAUCUCACCGUUCAGAAUGGUCAGAAGCAUGUUUUGUUGAAUUAAGCCUUGCUUUUGAUUUGACGGAAACUGAAGGUGCAUUAGCUCAUGUUUUACCUCCUACUCAACCAUGUAUAGUUGAUCUAUGUAAGCCAGUCAAACUUAAAGUACACCCAAAGCCAGUAAGACGGGGUAUUUAGAUUAUGCAGAUUUUAUGUAUGUUGAAAAAAGAACAUUGUGUAAAAACUUAAUUAAUGUUAUAAUAAAAUAUAUUACAUGAUAAUAUAACAUCUAAAUAAAUUUUUUAAAUUUUA